AUGCCGAUCGGCCCCCAGCUCCCACCGCAUCUACAACGGCAUGUGGACUCUCCUGCAACUGAUGACGACUCCGGAAAUGCCGUAGAACAAGAUCAAGAUCAAGAUUUCGGUCCGAGUCUUCCUCCCCACCUCGCCAAAAUGCGACAACAGAAGAUGCAGGCAGAAGUAGGGCCUUCACUACCUUCUGGAAGCAGCCGGAGUCGCAGUGAGCGCUCGCCAUCUCGCAAAUCUGGAAGAUCACCUUCCCGAUCGGAUCAGAUCGGCCCAUCACGUGCUGUUGGACCACAAGCACCACCUCGUCAAGCCGGGCCACAGCUGCCUAGAGCAGCCGGGUCUCGAUCGCCCACCAGGACGGUUGGACCUUCUAGGCCUGAGCCUGUUGGUUCGUCACGCGCUCCCGGCCCAGCCAGAGGACCGGUUGGUCCCAUCGGUCCACCGCGUCCAGGACAAGGGGACGAAAGCGUAAACCCCACCGUCAGGCCAGCGAGAACGCCAGUUCUUCCCGAGAACGACGAUAGUUCAGACGACGAGGUGGGACCUAAGUUGUCGGACUUUGUCGAUGCGUCCGCUGCGCCGGAAAAGAGUGCGGCUGAGCUGUUCAGAGAGCGUGAGGCACGCAUGGCGGCCGCUCCGAAACCCGAGGAGAAGAAGGUGACACAGCGCGACGAGUGGAUGCUUGCGCCGCCAACGGGCGGGAGUCUCGCCAGCCUCGAUCCGCGGAAGCGCCCAACGACAUUCCAGAAGAGCGCCAAAGCGGACACCGACCUCGACGGCCAGCGCGAGUGGACCGAGACGCCGGCCGAGCGCGAGAAGCGCCUCCGCGAAGGAGGAUCGUCUCGGUCCAGGCCGGAGGACCUCGAUCGGAAGCGAGCUCGUGAACGCGAUGACGCGAUUCGGCAGGGUGUCCAACAGCAUGCGACCUCGCGCGGGCCCUCGCUCAUGGAGCAGCACAAGGCGAAGAAGUCCAAGACGGAUGAGCCCGAGGUCAUCUGGGACCGAGACUCCAUGCUCGGCGUCGGCGGCAUGCUGAGCGAGGAGCAGCGCGAGAAGAAGAUCAAGGAAGCACGCAACCUCGGCGACCGCUUCGGCCACGGCAAGAGCGGCGCGUACCUGUAG